GUCAAGAUUGUACGCAUCAUUCAUCAACUAAACAGAAGAUCUUUAACUCAGUUAAAAAGCAUGAGCAUCAAAGACUGGCUGGUGGACUGUGGUGAUUACAAAUUUCAGUUAAAAAUGCUUACCACAGUGUAGUUCACUGUCCUCAAAGGCCACCGCGUCAGAGAUUCCUUAGCCGCAUUCUCUCAUCUCAUGAACAAUUUCCGGUUGUUACUCUCCGCCGCAGCGGCGGUUCUUCUCGCCGUCGGAUCCUUCCCACUUCUCACCAAGCUCCGCCGUCCCCAUGUCACCCAGCUGUGGUUGCGCGGUGGGGAAGUGGCGGAUUUGGUGGUGACGAAUGGGACGAUUUACACCAGCAACGCUGCUUUCCCGUUCGCCGACUCCAUGGCUAUUGCCGGCGGCCGGAUUCUCCGUCUCGGGGACUAUUCUUCUUUACAGGAUUUGGCUGGACCCAAGACCAGAACUUUGAAUCUAAACAAGAAAUUGGUGGUACCUGGAUUUAUCGACUCACACGUGCACUUGAUUUUUGGAGGAUUGCAGAUGGCUCGAGUUCAACUUCGUGGCAUCAGCCGAAAGGACCAAUUUGUGAACAAGAUCAAAGAAGCAUUAUCAAAUUUGCAACCUGGAUCUUGGUUGCUGGGUGGUGGUUGGAAUAAUGACCUAUGGGGAGGAGAGCCACCAAUGGCAUCUUGGAUUGAUGACAUUACACCUCAUAACCCUGUCUGGCUGUCAAGAAUGGAUGGGCACAUGGGUUUGGCUAACUCUAUAGCACUAAAUAUUGCUGGGAUAUCUAAUAGCACAGUGGAUCCAGAUGGUGGAUUCGUAGUGAAGAACAAUAUUGGAGAACCUACUGGUUUGUUGAUUGAUUCUGCAAUGAGCCUUGUCAUGUCAUGCAUUCCGGAGGUCACAGUGGAGGAGAGAAGGGAAGCCCUUUCAAGAGCUAGUGAUCAUGCUUUGAUGAGAGGUGUUACGACAGUUGUUGAUGUUGGGCGAUAUUUUCCUGGUGCAUCACCAGAACUUUCUUGGGAGGAUUUGUCAGAUGUCUACAGGUGGGCUGAUUUAUCAGGAAAGAUGAAGAUUAGGGUUUGCUUGUAUUUCCCAAUGGAGACAUGGACACGCUUACAUGAACAUAUAGAAAGAACAGGGCGUAAAUUGAGCCAAUGGAUUUAUUUAGGUGGCGUGAAAUCUUUCGCAGAUGGAUCUUUGGGUUCCAAUAGUGCACUUUUCCGUGAGCCAUAUGCUGAUGAACCAUCUAAUCGUGGCCUGCAAGUGACAGAUACAGAAAUGCUAUACAAUAUGACUCUAUCUUCUGAUAAAGCUGGGCUUCAGGUUGCUAUUCAUGCCAUAGGCGACAGGGCUAAUGACUUGGUCUUAGACCUGUAUAAAACCGUGGCUUCUAAGAAUGGAAUGAGGGACCGAAGAUUUAGGAUAGAGCACGUUCAGCAUUUGGCUCCUGGGACGGCAGCCAGAUUUGGUGAACAAGAAGUUAUAGCUUCAGUUCAGCCCGAUCACUUAUUAGACGAUGCUGAGUCUGCCGCAAAAAAACUUGGAGUCGAGAGGGCCCACGGAGGAUCAUAUUUAUUUCAGUCACUUCUUGCUGGAAAUGCCCAGUUGGCUCUUGGCUCUGACUGGCCUGUAGCAGACAUCAAUCCUUUGGGAAGCAUAAAAACAGCCAUGAAAAGAGUACCUCCUGGUUGGGAAGAUGCUUGGAUUCCAUCAGAACGAAUUAGCCUGAAAGAUGCAUUGAAUGGAUAUACUAUUUCAGCUGCUCGAGCGUGCUUCCUUGAUGAGGAUGUAGGCUCUCUAUCUGCCGGUAAAAUGGCAGAUUUUGUGAUUCUAUCUGCUGACUCGUGGGAUAAGUUUGCUGAAGAAGGUUCUGUUCUUGUUGAGGCUACGUAUGUUGGUGGAUUUGAAGCAUAUUCAAGGGACAUUGACAAAAAUUGAUAAAGUAGAGAAAAAAUGGGAAUAUUAAAAGUAUUGAUGUUGAGGAACAUGUUUUGUGGGUCAUGUCAGGCGUCUGACCCGGAAGAAAAUGAGACCCUCCUUCGAUUGUCCUCUCAUCUGUUCGGAUUUCUGCAUGAGACGUGAAUACAACAUCUUGAGUGUUGAUAAUGUAAUGUUGUCCAAGAAACAUUUAAGUUGUGGCUGUGUCACGAGUCUGUGUAAUGUGGAAUGCUUUGUGGUUAUGGUUCGUUUACUGUGGCUGUAGGCUUUGGAAUAUUUUUGGACAUUCAUGUAUAUAUACGUGACUGGUUAGAGACUCUUGUAUUUCUUAAGUAUUCAAGUGAGAAAAAAAAAAUAAAAAAAAAA